CCUAGAGACCCGGAUGGAGAAAUGGCCGCCCUGACUGCGGGAGCAGGCGGACGGGCGCUAGUGCGCAGGCGCGGCGUGCGGCGCAGGCGCGUGAGCCUCAGGAUGAACCCUGUGUUUCCUAGCGGGCUGUAUGGCUCUCGGUUUUUCUCAACGCUCCCGUAUGGUGGCCGCGGGUGCCGGGGUGACCCGGCUGCUAGUGCUCUUGCUGAUGGUAGCCGCGGCUCCUAGCAGAGCCCGAGGCAGCGGCUGCCGGGUCGGGGCCUCCGCGCGUGGGACCGGGGCCGAUGGCCGUGAAGCUGAGGGCUGUGGCACCGUGGCUUUGCUGCUGGAGCAUUCAUUUGAGCUCGGUGAUGGAGCCAACUUCCAGAAGCGAGGCUUGCUGCUCUGGAACCAGCAGGAUGGCACCCUGUCGGCAACACAGCGACAGCUCAGUGAGGAGGAGCGUGGCCGACUCCGGGAUGUGGCUGCUGUCAAUGGCCUCUACAGGGUCCGGGUCCCGAGGCGGCCUGGGACACUUGAUGGUUCAGAAGCUGGCGGCCAUGUGUCUUCCUUCGUCCCAGCGUGCUCCCUGGUGGAGUCGCACCUUUCGGACCAGCUGACCUUGCACGUGGAUGUGGCUGGCAACGUGGUGGGCCUGUCUGUGGUGGUGUACCCUGGGGGCUGCCGGGGCUCCGAGGUGGAAGAUGAGGACCUGGAGCUGUUCAAUACAUCUGUGCAGCUGCGGCCUCCCAGCACUGCUCCAGGCCCCGAGACUGCAGCCUUCAUUGAGCGCCUGGAGAUGGAGCAGGCCCAGAAGGCCAAGAACCCACAGGAGCAGAAGUCUUUCUUUGCCAAAUACGGGCCUCAGAAGCCCCCCAUGUCAGGAACUGAGGUCUGGCAAACCUCAGCCCUUGCAUCUCUGUGAGGGCUGGCCCUUCCCAUGGCCAGGCUGCUGACCUGCCUCCCUCCCUCCUCAGUGGCACCUCAUCCUGGGGGGGGCCGUGUUGCUCACAGCCCUACGUCCUGCUGCCCCAGGGCCUGCACCAGCGCCAACGGAGGCCUAAGUGAGGACACAGUCCCCUGCCCGCCUUGCCCUCUGCCCAUGCCCUCCUGUCCCUCCUGUCCCCUGCCCUGGCCCUGCCUGUAGUGACUAGGGGACCCAGCCCCUCCCCUCUGUGGCCCUGGCCCUGGGCCAUCCUCAUCACUUACCUCCCUUCCUCUCUGCCUGUCUCUGUGUCCACCUGUCCUGCCUGCAGUGGAUGUACAUCAUUCCAGUUGUGCUGUUCCUCAUGAUGUCGGGAGCGCCGGACGCUGGGGGCCAGGGCGGCGGUGGGGGCGGGGGCAGCAGCCGGUGAGCAGCUGUGCCACCUAGAGCCCCCCCCAGAGCCAGCCCAAGAAGGAGUUCCUGUCCCCACAUUUCCCUAUUGCAUGAAUAUGGAAGGCUGUCCCUUCAGUGAGCCCUCUGGCCUUCCUGUAAGCCCCUCUUUCUGUCCCUGAGCCUCUCUCUCAUCCUGUUGACUGAGAGCUUGGGUGGACCUCCCUGUAGCCAGCUCACUGCAACUGUGUCCCACCAUGUGGCACUGUGCUCCUCUGUCUGCUAAACACCCACCAGCCUGCCCCACCCCACCCCACCAUACACUUUGGGAACUUGCCAAGCUCUCUCCAGCCUCUGUGCCUUUGCCCUGCAGGCCCCGUGCGCCCCUCACUGUCACUCUCCAGCCCUUUGCCAAGGAUCUGUGGCCCAGAGGCCUCUGCUCUUAGUGGCUAGGUCAGCCUCCAGCCCACUGUCCAGGUGGCAUGCUGUCUUCUUUGCCCCCCUCUCUGGUGCCCCAGAAUACCAUGGUGACCUACCACUAUCCUUUCUGCCUUUGGAUGUCAUAGCCUGGAUCUGUCACCAGGAGAGGAUUGUGGGCCUCCACGUUAGUCUGUGAAUGCACACUUCGAGUGACUUGUGUGCAGGUUUUGAGAGCCGGUUUUGCACUAGCUGCUCGACAGCUGCUGGCAUGGCCGUGCUCUUGCACAUGCGCCGCUGUGGGCAUGGGGAUUGCUGUGCAGCCUCAGCUGUGUUGUGUGGCUGCUGAUUAAACUGUCCCCUAAACAGCCA